ACCCGUUCUCCCUGUGUUCUCCCUCCCACUUUGGGCUUCAGAGUGAGACUGCCUCACAAGCACUGUGCUCCUGUCUCUCUCUCUCUCCCCUCUCACUCUCUCUCCCCUCUCUACCUCUGCCAGUCUCUCUCUCUCUCUGUUACUCUCACUCAGUCAAAGGGGGGAUUCUCCGUAACCAGCUGUAGCUUAAUGUGUUCCUCUUCUCAACAUGUUGUCAUCAUCAUUUCAUUGAUCUUCUUUAAGGCUGUUAAAAGAGCACCUUCCUCUUGAAUCUAGACACUUUGGAGAGGCUUAUUUACUGUUGAGAGCCCACUCAACAAUGGAGGGAUUUCUGUUGUCGUGGAUGACUCAUUUAGGUUAUUUUCCCUCUUCGACACUGCUGGAUAUAGAUUUUUUUCCCUUUUGUUUCACGUGCAUGUUUCACCUCUCAGAUACUCUGUAGAAUCUGUUGGGACUUUUAUAGAGUGUGAAAUAUUUGCAGUAAGUGUGAGGUUUGGAGGAGCAAAGUGAGACAAAGCAUGGCCGAUGGAACAGCUGAGUGUUGAACCCUUCUGUCCAGGGAGGCACCCCAGAAAUGACCACAGUGUCCAUGGAGCCUAUAGGAGUCCUUGUGGAGAAGGGUGCCAAUGCCACUGACCCCCCUCUAAACUCCCAUGAGGAUGCAGCUGCCACCUUUACCAUCAGCACCAUCCUCUCCAUCAUGUGCCUGAUUGGAGUCUCGGGAAACAUUUACACCUUGGUGGUCAUGUGCCAUUCCAUGAGGACUGUAGCUUCCAUGUAUAUCUACAUCAUAAACCUAGCUUUGGCAGAUCUACUGUAUCUUCUCACGAUCCCCUUCGUGGUCUGCACACACUUCUUGAAAGGAUGGUAUUUUGGCAACACAGGGUGUCGGAUUCUUAUUAGCAUGGACUUCCUGACCAUGCAUGCCAGCAUCUUCACGCUGACCAUUAUGAGCACUGAGCGCUACUUUGCAGUGCUCAAGCCACUCGAAACAGUCAAACGGUCUAAAAGUUACCGGAAGGCCAUCGCUCUGCUGGCCUGGGCAGCUUCUCUCAUCCUGGCCCUACCAAUGAUUGUGAGCAUUCAGCUAAUGACAGUGGGCAACAAAGCCAUGUGUCAGCCCACCUUGUCCCCACUCUCUUACAAGAUUUACAUCUCUGUCCUGUUUUGCACUAGCAUUGUCGCUCCAGGACUCAUCAUUGGCUAUCUCUACACCCAGCUUGCACGGACUUAUUGGGUUUCACAGACAGAGACUUUCAAACAGACCAGGAAACUUCCCAAUCAAAAGGUGCUCUACCUGAUCUUCACCAUUGUGCUCCUCUUCUGGGCAUGUUUCUUGCCAUUCUGGAUCUGGCAGCUGCUGGGUCAGUUCCACCCUUCACUGUCCCUCUCCACCAAAGCUAAGCGCAUCAUCAACUACCUGACCACAUGUCUGACCUACUCCAACAGCUGUAUCAACCCUUUCCUCUACACAUUGCUCACCAAAAACUACAAGGAGUACAUGAGGAAGCACAAGCGCUCCUGGACAGCUGGCAGCUACUUCAGUAGAAGGAGUCGUUUUCAGCACUCACCUCGCAGGUCACCAUCGUCCAGCAGUCAGCAGUGUACUGAGAGCUUCAUGCUCACACACACAGCCUCCCUGCGGGCUCAUAACAGCAGUCUGUGAGGUUUGAUAUGAGAGCUGUGGUGGAUCAGGAAAAGAGAGAAGCUGCUGGAGGUGAAACAGACCCUGAACACAUCGCCACAACUAUGCAACAGGACGCAGAAAAUAAAAGUUUCUUUUGUAUUUGCAGCUCAAUGCGUGUGGACAAAGCAGCAUUGAGCUGGCUGCUGCUGCUGCUUGAGACGUCUGUAUUGAUCUGUCACUCCCAAGACUUCCUGUGAUGAUCAUAACAAAAGAGAUUUUCAACUUUAAUGUUGUCCUCCUGUGUCCUUCUUGGAGAAUGAGAGGAGAUGUGUACACAGUGACAACAGGGGAGUGAUGCUGUUGCACAGGACAUUUGUGGAUGACAUCAUCGAGACAUCAGGUGUUUGAUUUCCAAAAAAAAAGAGUUUGUUUAAUGAUUACAGUGACGUUACAGUGACGUUACAGUGACGUUACAGUGACGUUACAGUGACGUUACAGUGACGUUACAGUGACGUUACAGUGAUGUCACAGUGAUGUUACAGUGACGUUACAGUGACGUUACAGUGACCUUACAGUGACCUUACAGUGACGUUACAGUGACGUUACAGUGAUGUUACAGUGACGUUACAGUGACGUUACAGUGACCUUACAGUGACGUUAAAGGUGGAGUGCUACAGACUGGGUACAAAGUUGUACAGCGUUAACUAACAAACUGUUGUAAUAUAGAACAACAUCAGCCAGUACCAUCUUCUUCAUCAUCAUGUGUUAGUUAGUGCAAAACAAUGUGUUCCUUCAAUCAAUUAAAACUUGGUUUGAACAUUUUGAAUACAUUGUAAAAAGAUUGAAUCAAACUUUAAUGUCUUGGUCGAGGAACAGAUUUCCUCAUAGAUGUUGUUACUGAUGUUCCAUCUGAUGACUUUCAUCUGUUUACAGAUAUGUGAACUGUUACUUAAUACGACUGUGCGACACUAUGGACAUCCACAAUAAACAAAAAACAGAUCUGUGAGGCUCCUCUGAGCCUCCGCUGGCCUCCCAGGCCAGUUUGAUCAUAUUAUGGCAUCAGCUCUGAUACAAGAAGGACUACAGGAGUGUGAGCAGAGUUACAACCAGGCUGUUAUAUCUCCACUGAUUCAACUCCCAGAGCAGCAGAAGACAGGCUGCAAACACUGGCUGGCUGAUGCAUAUUUAACAAAUAUCCUCUGAAGAAAUCAUGAGCUUCGUUUGGAUGCAAGAGCUUGAAAAAUAUGGCUGCAGAUUCUGAAGACGUUCAAUAGCCUGUUUUAGAUGUCGCCUGCUGGCUUUGUAUAUAUGUGCACUGUAUACACACAAAAAAAAUCAAUACUCGCUAUAAUUACACACAUUGGAGUAAAGCUUUAUACAAUACCCUGUGACUGAGUCUGUCAUGUCUUAAACCCAUUGGCCAAAGGCGGAGUCACAGCUCAGCUUCUUAGUUAAACUCAUAAAAUCAUAACAUUUGACUUUCUGCCUGCACCUUCACGCAUGGUAAGCUAUAUACAUAUACAUAUAUAGAUAGAUAUCUAUAUAUGUAUAUAUCUAUCUAUAUAUAUAUAUAUAUAGAUAGAUAUAUGAUCCUGACCCUGCUGUAUAUAGGUGUAUAUGCUUUUAGAUGUAUAAUGAUGAUGAUAAUGACAAUGACAAUGAUGUAUAAUAAUUAAAAGUGAGAUUCUCAGAUUGUGUAAACUGUUGUGUAAUUUCUUCGGUUGGAGAAAACUAAAUAAAUAAACCUGAUGUUUAUCUGGA